AAAUGAGAUACUUAAUAAUUCUGGUUCUAGUGAUAGGGAAUUCAUGCGUUGAUCCAGAAAUCGAUGAGAUUUUCGAUUGGCCCUUUUACCCAGCUCAUAAAUUUAAAACCUAUAAUGGGUUUGUGGAAAUAUACAAUGGAAAAUAGUAACUAAACUUAAUAUUUUUGCAGAACCAUCCAUUAUAUAUUUAUGGAGAGUAUCAAUAAUCCAGAGAAUAAACCUUUGAUAAUAUAAUUUGGAGGAGGACCAGGGUGUAGUAGCUUGGCUGGACUUAUUUCAGGAAUAGGUCCGUAUGUUAGAAUAUGGGGAAGCGAUAAAAUGGAAUUAACAGAAAAUCCAUAUUCAUUGCAUAAAUUAGGGAAUGUUUUAUAUUUGGAUAUACCAGCAGGUGUUGGAUAUUCUGAACUACAUGAUGAUAAUUAUUAAUGGAGUGAUACUAACACAGGGCUUGAUUCCUAUGAAAUAAUUAAAGCUUGGUUACAUGCAUUUCAACAGUUUAAGGCUAGAGAGAUCUGGUUAAGUGGAGUUUCAUAUUCUGGUAAUUAAUUCAUCUGAUAAAAGGUAUGUAUAUACCAUGUGUGGCAGAAGUUAUAAUUAAUAAAAAUAAAUAAUUUCCGGAUGAUAAAAUUAACUUAAAAGGCAUAAUGGUUGGUAAUGGAGUUUUGGUAAAUGAAGAUGAGUUUAUUUUUAAAUGGAAUAGAGAAUAUUUAGUAAAAAGGAAUUUUUUUGAUUUAGUAACCUCGAAUGUAAUGCAAGUGUCAUGCACAAAACAUCCAAAUUCAGCCAGCUGUUAAAGAGCUUUGGAAAGAGAAAAAAUUGUAAGAAAAAAUUUAAAUCCCUAUAAUGUUUAUGGAUAUUGUUAUGGAGAUUCAUCAAUAUAUCAUAAAAUAAAUUCAGCAUUAUAUGGAGAUGUAGAGGAUUAUUCUUGCAUCGAUGAUGGGAUCUUAAAUAACUAUUUUAAUAAUCCAGAGGUAAAACAAAAAUUAAAAAUACCAGAAGAUAAAAGAUGGGAAUCAUGUAAUAUUGAUAUUUUCAUGAAUUAUAAAAGAGAUAAGCACAGCCAUGUAUUAAUGAAAUUUUUAUUUGACAAUAAUAUAAGAAUAUUAUAAUAUUCAGGAAAUGCAGAUGACAUAAUAAGCGUUGAUUAUACUUAUGCUUCAUUAAAAUUAAUUGAUGGUCUAAAGUAAAUAUCAAGAAAACCAUUUGCAAAUUAUUAGACUUAAUAAAUGGCAGGUUGGAUUGUAGAGUAUAAUUUUUUAACAUUUUAUAUCAUCAGAAGUGCUGGCCAUAUGGUCCCAACUGAUUAAAGGGCCAAUACAUAUUAAAUGUAUGAAGAUUUUAUAAAUAGGGAAUGA